AUGGCCCGUCUCGUCACCCUGGCCACUUGGGCCCUUUCGUUAGCUUCCGUCCAUGCCACGCAGCCUACCAGUGGCUGGCAAGUUGACGUGGCUGCGAGUGAAGUCUACAUCUCCUGGGACUCUGACAGUUCUGACGGUGGACUAAUCGUCGAGUUCCCGGUCAACAUUACCCGGAUAAUAGCUACCGCUAAUUCCUUUGCUCUAACUAUCUCAACAACCCCAUACUUGUUCAACAGCACUGCAGCUGGGGAGGAAACCUCAGAAGCAGAUGUGAUCUAUACACAAAAUAUCGAUGUUCCCCCGGCGGACCAAUUCUCGCAAGCUGUCUACAUCCACAUGGCCGAGCCUCAACAAGACGUACUCAUUUCUCUUGGACUCGACGAUGGUUCAGCGGGCUCGGCCUUCAUCACGGUUAACAGCACUGGAUUCGUAAUCGCCCGCGAUGCCGAGCAGCAAGGGAGCUGGGCCGCACGUGUUAUUGCAGACUACGAUCAUCAAGUGAACCUGGCCAUCACCGAAGAUUUCAACAACGCUAUUAGCAAUGGCAUAGACGAAGCUGAUCCUAGAGACCUAGGAAAGGCCCCCGUCAUUCAUCGUAAUGAGGUGAAGCCUGUCGACAAAAACAGCGAUGGGGAAUCAUGGACUACAACUACUCUUGGCGGCUAUACUAGCACUUCCACCACCGAUAGCUCUACCUCUACCACGUCUCCCGAUGGCGGCUCGGCUCCUCCUGAUGAUACCUACGUCUCUACAGCCAUUCCCGGAGACGAUUAUUCCCCGCCCGACGGUUACACUUAUACCGGGACCACCGGCGACGAGGUCACAACCACUGUGUCUGGAGGCUGCGGUCGCGGAGGAGCACACACAAUCAUCAUCACUCGCUACCGCACCGUUAGUGUAUGUCCCACGCCCUCUGCUUGCACUUCAGACAAUAAACACCUCCUUGUUCGGCAAACCCCAGACCGACCGGCACACAUCAGAGGCGCGGUCAUCUUUGCGGAUCGAAAUUUGGAGAGGCGGCCAGUCCGCUUCUUGCCCUGCUAUCUUCAUUACGACAUUUACAGUGGCGACGAGAAGAUCGGGUCGAAAGGUGCAUCGGCUACCACAGACGCCAACGGAUUCGCAGUCUUUAGAUUCAAUAUUGGCGAUGGUCAGAGAGUAGAGGCUACAAGGAUAUUCACGUUCCUCUUCACCGAGUGGUUCUACAUUGGAAGCCGAAAGUUGGAUACGGAGCAGUUGACGCCAAAGGUGCUCCAACUAGACUUGAACACUGUCAAAUGGAGUGUCAACGCGGGAGAAAUCACCGGAGCGGAGGCCUACUAUGGUUUCAGCGAGUACAACCAGGGCCUCGCCGUUGCCGAUGCCUUCACGACCCUGACCGAGUUUGUCCGCACACAGGUAGCCACUGGCGAGAACGAGAUGGAAAAGGUCAACGUGUGGUUCCCUGGAGCUGCAGACAGCGGUGCGUACUUCGCAUCGUAUGGUGAUCCGCCCUACAUCAACCUUCCACAAUUGGACGCUGCCAACCCAUCUGUCAUGGCGCACGAGUAUGGCCACUGGCUGCACUGGAUUGCUCGAAAAAGGGGAGAGUUGAGAGCUGGUGGGUGGCACCAAUUUUGCGGCGAUGGAAUAGACAAGAAAGUCACCACAGCAUUCUCGGAAGGCUAUGCCACAGCUUUCGGAUUGUUCGCCAUCGACCAGACGCCGCUCGUGGAUGCCUUCUCUCCGUACAUGGAGUACCAAAAGAGACAAUACGCCCCUAAGAAGAGCUGGUCCCAGAAUAUCGAAGCCUUUAACUGUGGCGAUAGCUUCAUGCUUAGACAAGAGGGACGCAUCGCUGCCGCGUUGUUCGACCUUGUAGACCGGAAGCUGGACGAAUUCCCAACGUCGAGCAACAACUUGGGACGGAUCAGCGAUGGAUUUGAUCCGCAGAAGCUGAACUGGAUGUGGAGCCCGCGCUUCAUCUUCUGGCUCCUGAUGCAGGAUAAUCCUCAAAAUAUUGAAGAGUAUUGGCGCAAAUUCCAAAAAUACCCUGAUCAGACGACUGAAUGGGAAGACCGGGCUUGGUCCAUCUUCGAUUACAACUACGCUGAUUUUCCCCAGCACGUAUGA